ACCCAAUUAUCAUACAAGAAAAUCACCAAGCUUUUAACAACAAUCUUUCUAGUACCCAAACCAAUCUCAAAACCUUCGAAUCAACAUGUCUUGCUCAAGUGGAAAGUGCAACUGCGGCUCAAGCUGCUCAUGCGGCAGCAGCUGCAACUGCAACUCCUGCAACGUCGAGAUGUCGACCACCACCACCACUAUCAUUGUUGACGGUGUUGCACCCAGGAUGACUUUUGCUGAGGAAACCGAGGCUGCCGAGAGCGGAAACGCGUGCAAGUGCGGAAGUAGCUGCAAGUGCGAUCCUUGCAACUGCUGAAGAUGAAAUCAAGCCUGCAUGACCCAAACAAGAACGGAUGUUUUGUUUUCAUGUAAUAAAUAAAGAAACCUUUGCGUGUGUUAUUUGGAUUUCUAUUGCGGUUUCCUUGUAUUGUGUAACAGUCAAACGUUAUUUAAAUCAACUUGUUUGGGUAUUUAUUAAAAGUUUGGAAUUGGAUGUUAUGUAUGUGUGAAAGAAUGACUGAAGAAGUUGUAUGAUAUGCCUAAAAAACUAUAUUAUUUUUCUUAA